CUUUCCUGCACCGCCCCCCCACCCCGCCCCACCCGAUGGUCAGGAUGACACGCUCCAAAACCUUCCAGGCCUACCUGCCCAGCUGCCACCGAACCUACAGCUGCAUCCACUGCAGAGCGCACCUGGCCAACCACGACGAGCUCAUCUCCAAGUCUUUCCAGGGGAGCCAAGGCAGAGCUUAUCUGUUCAACUCAGUGGUGAACGUGGGGUGCGGGCCGGCGGAAGAGAGGGUGUUGCUCACGGGCCUGCAUGCUGUGGCAGAUAUCUACUGUGAGAACUGCAAGACAACUCUGGGUUGGAAAUAUGAGCAUGCCUUUGAGAGCAGUCAGAAGUACAAGGAGGGCAAGUUCAUCAUCGAGCUGGCCCACAUGAUCAAGGACAAUGGCUGGGACUGA